CCAGAAACAGAACAACGCGAAUCAAAAUCGAAGCAGAAUAAUGCUUAAGUUAACUUAAAUCUGAAAUUUUUCGUGAUCCCAAUUAUAUUGUGUGUGGCGGAUACGGUGUACGUUGUGCGUCGUAUUGUGUUGUGGGCACCCAGAACAACUACUUGCAACGUUUUUCAAUAGAACAAAAUACGCAUUUGACGCUGAUUUCUUUCUGUUUUGGCCAGUUUAGUUUAGUUUACUUUACUUUAAUUUAGAAAUCAAAAUUACCUCACAACGCGGCAGUGUGAGGGAGUGAGAAAGAGGGCCAACAAACAACCAAAAGAGAACAACAAUCAAACAAUCGUUGUCGAACAUAUUUUUUUUUUAAAUAUUUUAUAUUUUUUUUAAAUAUUUGUUUUGUUGCACUUUCGGUGAUAAGCAGCCCAACCGGAAAGGGGUGUUGGGGCGGGGGAACGCCUCAAACAACAACAACCAACAUUGAAUGCGUGAGAGGAUGGCGCGUGCAAUACAAUGAAAAAAAACAAACAAGAAUUGCACAAAGCAAAUAAAUAAUCUAUACACACACACACACAUACGUAUGUGUGUUUGCUUAUGUAUAUGUACGUCAUACAUAUAAAAAAAACGCUCAAAUCUACAAUUGUGUACUGUGUGCUGUGUCAAGAGGGGGUUGGACACAGCUAAUAUCCAAUGCACAAACCCAAGUGCACACAGCAUUCAACAAAGUAAACCAACAACAACAACAACUGCAGCGGUCGCAGCCGAGAACGUAGCAAAACAACAAUAACAAAACGUUCUCUUGUCACACUACCUCGCUCCGUCUCUGUCUGUCGCUCUCGCUUUCUCCGUCUAUCUCCCGCUUGCUUACUGACAAACGUUUUGUUUGCGACUGCGAUUUGGCGGGGGUGGUCACAAAAACAAAAAGAAAAAACAGGAAAACAACCAACAACAAACAACUAUUGCAAAAGCAUUUCCGCAUUUUCAAUAUCAACAAUAACAACUCAGGCGACCCGUUUAGGCGUGCAAAGAAGGAGAACAACAACAACAAUAAGAACAGGAGGAACAGAUGGAUGUCCUGGAGCUGCUCCGUGCGAGCGCCACCGGCUGUUAUAAUACAAUAUUCUCCGAAGCCUGGCAUCAAUAUGUGCACAAACAAAUCGCAGCAGCGGUGUACUGGUACGGCGCUCUGUUUUUGCUCGGAGUGUUGUUAUUCGUGUGGUUCCUGUACUUUAAACGCUUGGCACGUCUCCGUCUCCGGGAUGAGAUUGCCCGAUCGCUGAGUGCGGUGACCUCGGCGGCGACGGGUGUCGAUCAUCGAGGCUUGCGGUUUCGGAAACGUGACAAGAUGCUCUUCUAUGGCCGCCGGAUGCUGCGCAAAAUGAAGAACGUGAGCGGACAGAUGUACAGCAGCGGGAAGGGCUACAAGCGGCGGGCCGUAAUGCGUUUCGCCCGACGAAUUCUGCAGCUGCAGCGCGAGAAUCGGCCGCUGGAGAUGAAGACGGUGGAGCCACCGGCCGAAUAUCUGGAGGAGACAAUCGAGGGCAGCGAUCGUGUGCCGCCGGAUGCACUCUAUAUGCUCCAGAGUAUACGCAUCUUUGGGCAUUUCGAGAAGCCGAUCUUUCUGAAGCUCUGCAAACACACCCAAAUCCUGCAGCUAAUGGCCGGCGAUUAUCUGUUCAAGAUCACCGAUCCCGAUGAUAGUGUCUAUAUCGUACAGUCCGGUAUGAUCAAUGUGUACAUUUGCAAUGCCGAUGGCAGCACACUCUCACUGAAAACGGUGCGCAAGGGUGAGUCUGUCACCUCGCUCCUCAGCUUCAUUGAUGUCCUGUCGGGCAACUCAAGCUACUACAAAACCGUUACGGCCAAGGCCAUCGAGAAAUCCGUCGUCAUUCGGCUGCCAAUGCAGGCCUUCGAGGAGGUGUUUGAUGAGAAUCCGGAUGUGAUGAUCCGCGUCAUCCAGGUGAUAAUGAUCCGGCUGCAGCGUGUGCUCUUCACAGCACUGCGCAACUAUUUGGGCCUCAACGCUGAGCUCGUCCAGAACCAUAUGCGGAACAAGAAUAGCAGCAAUCCAAUGGCAACUGGACAAACAACUAGCAACGUGCAGUCGCAGACGUCGCAGGCAACACAGUCACGUCCGUCGGGCACGACAAGGACACCAACAUCGCCCAUGUUGCGUUUGUCGCGCGAGGAGCACACAUUAUCCGAUCCGGAUCCCAAUCCCAAUGCGAAUAACCUGCACUAUCACGAGAUGCAUGGCGAUGCGCCCUACAUUGAUCUAUACCAUUAUCAGCAGCAGCAACAAUCCCUCAAUUCACCACGACGCAAUUCUACGGCGCAUGUGAGUGAAGCUGCCGCAGCCAGUACAGCGUCCAGUCCCACUACGAUCGAUCAGCGGCUGGUGCAAUCCUCGGCCGUUGACAGUCUGCGUCGGGAGCUGGGACUCGGUGAGGAGGAUGCCCACAUCAUAGAACAAUUUGUUCUUGUCCGCGAACUCGAACCGAACGUGACUCUAAUCACCGAGGGCAAUGCGGACGAUGUGUGCAUCUGGUUCGUUAUGACCGGCAACUUGGCCGUCUAUCAGAGCAAUGCGGAUGCGACGCGUGCCAGCGCCAAGCAGGACGCCAAACCUGAGAUGCUCAUCCAUUUUGUGCACCCCGGCGAGAUUGUCGGUGGCCUGGCGAUGCUCACCGGUGAAGCGAGCGCCUAUACGAUCCGUUCGAGGAACAAUAGUCGCGUUGCCUUUAUACGCCGUGCCGCCAUCUAUCAAAUAAUGCGUCAGCGGCCGCGCAUCGUUCUCGGUCUGGGCAAUGGGGUUGUGCGUCGUCUGUCGCCGCUGGUGCGUCAGUGUGACUAUGCCCUCGACUGGAUAUUCCUGGAGUCGGGACGUGCCGUCUAUCGGCAGGACGAGAGCAGUGACAGCACCUAUAUUGUGCUAAGCGGACGCAUGCGUUCCGUCAUCACGCAACCGAACGGCAAAAAGGAAAUUGUCGGUGAAUAUGGCAAGGGUGAUCUCGUCGGCAUUGUCGAAAUGAUAACGGAAACAUCGCGUACGACGACAGUGAUGGCGGUGCGGGACUCGGAGCUGGCCAAGCUGCCGGAAGGACUGUUCAAUGCGAUCAAGUUGCGCUAUCCGAUUGUCGUCACCCGUCUGAUCAGUUUUCUCAGUCAUCGGUUUCUCGGCUCGAUGCAGACGCGAGGCAGCAAUGCGUACGGUACACCGGUCGAGGCCAAUCCGGUCACGCACAAGUAUUCCACGGUCGCCCUGGUGCCCAUCACCGAUGAUGUGCCCCUCACGCCCUUCACCUACGAGCUAUACCAUUCGCUGUGCGCCAUUGGUCCUGUGCUACGUCUGACCUCAGAAGUGGUUGGCAAACAGUUGGGCGUCAACAUCUUUGAUACGGCGAACGAAUACCGUUUGACAUCGUGGCUGGCCCAGCAGGAGGAUCGCAAUAUAAUCACAUUGUAUCAGUGCGACAGCUCGCUGAGUCCAUGGACACAGCGCUGCAUGCGUCAAGCGGAUGUCAUUUUAAUUGUUGGUCUCGGGGAACGUUCGCAUUUGGUUGGUAAAUUCGAGCGCGAGAUCGACAAGCUGGCGAUGCGAACACAAAAGGAACUGGUCCUCCUCUAUCCGGAGACGACGAAUGCGAAGCCGGCGAAUACGCUCAGCUGGCUAAAUGCCCGUCCCUGGGUGACCAAGCAUCAUCAUGUCCUUUGCGUGAAGCGCAUCUUCACACGCAAAAGCCAAUAUCGCAUUAACGAUCUCUAUAGUCGCGUGCUGCUAUCCGAGCCCAAUAUGCAUUCCGAUUUCUCGCGUCUUGCCCGCUGGCUAACGGGCAAUUCGAUUGGACUCGUUUUGGGCGGUGGCGGUGCACGUGGCGCCGCACACAUCGGCAUGCUCAAGGCCAUACAGGAGGCGGGUAUACCGAUCGAUAUGGUCGGAGGUGUAAGCAUUGGCGCCCUAAUGGGCGCCCUCUGGUGUUCGGAGCGCAACAUUACCACCGUCACGCAAAAGGCGCGCGAAUGGUCAAAAAAAAUGACAAAAUGGUUCCUUCAACUGUUGGACUUAACGUAUCCAAUCACAUCGAUGUUCUCUGGCCGUGAGUUCAACAAGACCAUACACGACACCUUUGGAGAUGUUACCAUCGAGGAUCUAUGGAUACCGUAUUUUACGCUCACCACCGACAUAACCGCCAGCUGCCAUCGCAUUCACACCAAUGGAUCUCUGUGGCGUUUUGUGCGCUCCUCAAUGUCACUCAGCGGUUAUAUGCCGCCGUUAUGCGAUCCACAAGAUGGACAUCUUCUGCUGGAUGGCGGCUAUGUUAAUAAUUUGCCAGCUGAUGUUAUGCACAAUUUGGGCGCCGCACACAUAAUUGCCAUCGAUGUGGGCUCACAGGAUGACACGGAUCUGACCAAUUAUGGUGAUGAUCUGAGCGGCUGGUGGCUGCUUUAUAAGAAAUGGAAUCCCUUCACCUCACCGGUCAAAGUGCCUGAUCUGCCCGACAUACAAUCGCGUCUCGCCUACGUUUCCUGCGUUCGUCAAUUGGAGGAAGUGAAAAACUCGGACUAUUGCGAGUAUAUACGACCGCCGAUAGAUAAAUAUAAAACGCUUGCAUUUGGCAGUUUCGAUGAGAUUCGGGACGUGGGAUAUGUGUUUGGUAAGAACUACUUCGAUACGAUGGCGAAGGCGGGCCGCUUGGGUCGGUUCAAUCAGUGGUUCAAUAAGGAGCCACCGAAGCGCGGCAAUCACGCCUCCCUCAACGAAUACACGUUCAUCGAUCUGGCACAGAUCGUGUGCAAGCUGCCCGAGACAUAUGUGCGGCUGGGUACACCGGAUCUGUUUAGCGAGGAUGAGGAUGAGGAUUUCGAUGGAUAUAUCUCCGAGCCAACCACUUUAAAUACGGAUCGCCGUCGCAUCCAGGUACAUCGGGCGGGCAAUUCGCUAUCGUUCUCAGAGGCUGAACUGGACUCCGAUGUGGAGCUCGAUCUGGAGAUGGAGAACAAAGUGGACAAGGCAACGCAAUCGACGCCAACGUUGCCAGACAAACGCAGUGUCCAAACGCCGACGCCGUCUCUGUUCAAUCUGACGAUGCCCAUAGCCGUGGACGAGAUCGAUAAGAGUAGUGGGAGAGUGAAACGAAAGUUGGAGGCGACGAACACGGCGAGCAUAGCCGAGCCAGAAGCCAGUCCAUCCAUAAAGGCCGAGGCGACAACCCAAACAACGCCUCCAACCAGCAAGAGGACGGAGCAAGACGAACACGAGCUCGAACACGAGCAGGUGGUGGAAAAACAGCAGGUGAUGGAUAAACAGCAGGGGAAUACAACAAAUAACGAUACCAAAAACUAGCUAUAAAUUGUGCGAAAAGGCGCCAAUCAUCAAUCGUCGUCUGUCUGAGAUAUUUUUAUAGUUGUUAGUUUAAAUAGCCGAAGGAGCAGGAGCAUGAUCAGAUAAAGCUAAGGCUGCUGCCGAAGCAGAAGCAGAAGCAGAAGCAGCAGGAGCUGUGAAGUAGACGCAGCCUGGCUAAUCAGAAUCUCCAUUAAUCGUUAAGUAAAACAGACAAUGAAAUCGUUAUAUUGUUUAAUUAUAUACUGUAAGUGUAUAGCAUAUUUAGGCAUAGCUUUAGCUAAUCACACACACACAGAUACGACACUCAGCCACCCUGUACAUACAUGAUGUAUACAUCACAUAGAGCUAUAUAUAUAUCUAUUUUUUUUUUGCGAUAUAUUUGACAUAUAUGCGACAAAUCGGAGCUCUCUAUCUCUAUCUCUCCCCCUCUCUCUCUAUCCCUCCCCCUCUCUCUCUAUCUCUCUCUCUCUCUCAGUCUUUCUCUAUCACCGAGUCCGCACCCACUCCAUUCCACACUAUUCAUAUAGAUCCACUGAUAUCCUGAUAGCAAGGCCCACACCAAAAAAAAAAAAACAACUCAAAAGCACACACAUAUUUUUUGUAUUAGCUAAUAAAAACUGAAAUAAAUCGUUUGUUUUUAUGGUCGAAUUUUUUUUAAGAUGAGCAAGUGAAAAUGUAAAUUAAAUAAACACAAAU